ACCUUUCAUUCCACUGCUGCACCGGCUGGGGCGGGAUGAGUCACGACUGGCUGGCUCUGCUGGGCACCUUCUGUAGGUGAGGGACCCGGACCUCUCCGGGCGGGGGGAAAACUGCGGCGCCUGCUCGUCCCGGCCUUGACUUUGGCUGGGUGCUGGAGCCCUGGGUUUGCCGGGUCUGGCCUCUGGGGCCACGGCUGGCUUUCCCUGAUGUAUGGCCAGAGCCCUGCGCGUGUGGUUCCACUUCUCCUGGGUUUACAGCUCACAGCGCUUUGUCCUACGGCAGCUGUGGAAAUUUACACCUCCGGGGCCCUGGAGGCAGUCAACGGGACCGAUGUGCGGUUGAAGUGCACUUUCUCCAGCUUUGCCCCGGUGGGAGAUGCACUAACUGUGACGUGGAAUUUCCGCCCACGAGAUGGGGGGCGUGAGCAGUUCGUUUUCUAUUACCACAUGGAUCCCUUCAGACCCAUGAGUGGACGGUUCAAGGACCGGGUGGUCUGGGAUGGGAACCCCGAGCGGUACGAUGCCUCCAUCGUGCUCUGGAAGCUGCAGUUCGAUGACAACGGGACAUACACCUGUCAGGUGAAGAAUCCGCCUGACGUUGAUGGUCUGGUAGGGACGAUCAGGCUCAGCGUGGUGCACACAGUGCCCUUUUCUGAGAUCUACUUCCUGGCUGUGGCCAUUGGCUCUGCCUGCGCACUGAUGAUCAUAAUAGUGAUCAUGGUGGUCCUCUUUCAGCACUUCCGGAAGAAGCGAUGGGCAGAGAGGGCCGAUAAAGCAGUGGCAAUAAAAUCAAAGGAAGAGGAAAAACUCAACCAAGGGAACAAGGUCUCUGUUUAUUUGGAAGAUACGGACUAACGCUGCAAGGAAGCUGAGGAUUUUUGAGGACAGCAUUAGCACCCCUUGAAGCCAAUGGAAACCUUUCCAGUGAUGACCUGUCAUCCUACAGGUUCCGCAGCACAAACCUGCCUAGAGGAGCAACGCCCUUGCCUGGCAGCUUAGGGCUCUACCUGAGCAGAUACUACCAGUCCACGCUUACCUUCAUUACUAGGAUGGUAUCUCAUUCCAGAGUGUAAAUGUGUGUUAGCUUUUGUAAGCCAAGAAGUUACAUUUUUGUCCUUCCACAUUCCGUAUGGAGUAUGACUCCUGUACUCAUGUGUACUUGGCAUCAGAGGGGUGGCACGCCAGCCAGCUUGUGUCUGCUAGGACAUUUCGUCUCACAUUUUAGUUUCUUUAGAACAGCACAGAGGUGUGCUAAGGGGUCUGGAGAGAUAGUUCAACAUUUAAAAGCAUAUGCUGCUCUCACAGAAAAGACCCCGGUUCAGUUCCCAGCACCCACAUGGUAGCUUACAACCAUCAGUAACUCCAGUUCUAGGAGAUGUGACACAUACAUACACACAGGCAAAAAAACCCAUACGUAAAAUGAAAAUAUAUCAUAAAAAAUUAGCUAAACCUUCCAGCCAUUUUGAUUAAUAGCAAACCCCAAGUUCACGCUGGAAGUGUGAUUUUCACUGCUGUCCUUAAGUCACAGACACAUCUUGUUUCACCGAUUUUUUUUUUCUUCAGUAUCCUAAGUUCAUUGUUUUGUCAGUUAAUCCAGGGUUUAUAGGUGUCAGUGCUAGGUCACAAGAACACCAGGAUACCAGCAAACGCUACCAAGAGGAGUCACUCAUUACCAGUUUUGUAUUUAUUUAUUUAAUUUUAGACAGACUUUCACUAUGUAGCAGUGGCUGGUCUAGAACUAGCUAUGCAGAGUUAGCCUCAAACCCAGAAACCCCCCUGCCUCAGCUCUCAAGUGCUGUGACUAAGGGGGGAACUGCCACAGCCAGCCCAACUGUACAUUUGUAAUGAGCACAGAUAGCUUGCCUGCUCUGUUCUCAUUUUUACCUGCACUCGUCAGACUCUGCUCAUUUGCAGACUAGAGCCAUUAAGCAGUAUAUGAGAAGACUUUCUGAUAUACCAUAACUUAAACAUAUUUAGACUUGUGAAAAAGGCCAAUCCAAAGCAAAUGACCUUUGUUUUGUUUUGUUUUUUAUUUUUUUGUUUAACAGUCUUAUGUAAGGGUAAGAAGUGGAAGAGAUUAUUUAAAUUUCUUUUGGUUUUAAUUCACCUUUUUAAAGUGGAAAUUUGGCAUGGACCAAAGAAAUAUCAAACUACCUAAAUGGAAUAAACCAAAUUUAUUUUUCCCUUUAUUUGAAUGUGAAGAAAACUUCUCCAGUGGGCCAUGGAGAGAAGAGGGAUGGCUUUCACCUUUGUGUUCAGUUACGUGGUGCGCACACACAGUUAUGGCAGCAUUGUUCAGGGAACAAAGAACAUCUAAAACUUCAGGCCCAGGGUGAACCUUUACAAUGUGAUGUUUGUUUUAACCCCCAUUGACUGGUCUGCAUAGAUUAUUUCUUUUAACAACGAGGAAUUUCCAAAAGAUUAUAUUUCUAGACACUGGACCUUGGUAUUUUACCCAGUCUUUAAAAACAAAUUGGCAUAAUUUACAUGUAAAUCUUGGUCUUGAAAUUCAUUCCAUGCCUCAUUAUACUGCCGAAACAAGUUCUUGUUGUUCUGUCUCUCUGUCUCUCUCUUAAAAAUUAAGACAGGAUCUCAAUGAAUAGCCCUGGCUGUUCUGGAACGCACUUGGUAGACCAGGCUGGCUUUGAACUCAAGAGACCCAUGCCUCUGCCUCCCUAGUGCUAGGAUCAAAAAUGUGUACCACCACAGUCUGGCCUAAAAAUGUUUUGUGACCUAGUUUGAAGCUACAGUUAGAUCUGUAUUUACUAUUAUGGAUAUAACAACUGAAUCUGUCUUUAAAUAGAUGGCUCAUGUAUGUUUCAUACUUGUAAUGGAGAGGUUAAAAACUCAUGGGGGGGGGGUGCUGGAGAGAUGGCUCAGAGGUUAAUUAAAAACACUGUUCUUUCAAAGGUCCUGAGUUAAAUUCCCAGCAACCACAUGGUGGCUCCUAACCAUCUAUAGUGAGAUCUGAUGUGCUCUUUUGGCAUUCAGGCAGAACACUGUAUAAAUAAUAAAUAAAUAAAUCUUAAAAAAACACACACACACACGGGGACCAUCUCCAGCAACUUGUAGUCUGUGUCUUGUCUGAAUACUCAUGGGGUAUCAUAGCCUUGUUCAGUGUCUCCUUUCUAAAAGCAUUUUUGUACUGUAACUUAUUUUUUAUUAUGUCUGAAGCAUUGUGUAAAUAAACCCUUAGUAAUAAAGAA